GUCUUUUCGCCAUCGAUACCGUGGAGACAGACACGAAGCUCUACGAUGUCUUGGGCAUCACAAAAGAGGCCAGCGUGGCAGAGAUCAAGAAGGCAUACUACAGGAAUGCCCGGGACAGCCACCCUGACAAGUUCCCCGGCAACGAGAAGAUGCGGGAGCGUUUUCAAGAGGUGGCUGAUGCUUAUGCCACCCUGGCAGAUCCCGUGCGAAGGCAGAAGUAC